AUGAAGCCACAAUCUCAGCUCCGCCUGCUCCAGCUUCUGGCCGGCUCCCACCUCGCCGCCGCCCUAGCACAGCAGCAGCCGGGCCACGAAUGCCCCGUCGAAACUCCCACCCCAAGCCUCCGCGUGCUGAGCUUCACCGUCAUCGCCACGGUCGACCCGGCCGUGACGGCAUGGACCCAGAUCCUAGACUCCGUCUGCCCUCGCUCGCGCCCAGAGCUCCCGGAUCACAAGCCGGCGCCGGCGUCUCCUGGCUUCCAAGAUGCGCCGCGCCAUGCCUACGACGACCACCAGCAAAUUGUCUAUCCCGGCCCGCUCCCCGGUGUUCCAAUGGACGACGCGCCCGUCUGGCAGCUGUGGCGGAUGGAAGCUGUCGGCGCACCCCGCGACCGGCCGACUAUACCCUCGGCGACGGAGGCUCGCAAGACGCACAGACCGGCACGCAACAGGGUGGUGGCUCGCCACCCCGGCCUGACUUGGAGGACGGCGAUGGUCCUCGCCGCCCGCCCCCGAAACGGCCCGGUGGCGGCAAGCCUGCACCGCCUAGGCCGUGGACCACUACUGGACAUCUCGGGCAACUUUGAAGACGGAAAUCUCGCGCCUUGGGUGGAAGUUAGCAAUGUAAAUGCAGGUGACUCGGUGAUCCUAGGGCAAGCCACACCGGGGAAUAUUGAUGAGCUCCAGACUGUUCAGUUAAGGCCCCGAUUCCAGUACGGUGUAGCAACAGGGUCUCUUGGGUGCCAGGUUCAGGGCAACCUUGUCACCGGGCUUUCGUCGCAGACAGUAUUCUUGACGACAUUGCUACCCGGAGAGGAUGAGCUGGACCAAUAUACUGGACCCGAGGCGGAUUAUAUCCUGGACCCCGAUGGCACUCAACCAAUUUUCUACCUUUCGAUGAAUUGCACCCCAAGUGAAUAUGGACUCCCAUUUUCGCUCUUCAUCUGGGAUAUCCAUCUCUACUGA